GUUGCUGGCCAUGCCCAGCCUAGCCUCACCACUCGGGUUGCUAGAUUCUGUCCCUCCGCCCAUUAUUCCCGCUGAAGGCCCCCACCCCCGCCCAACGCGCGCCCCCUCUCUUUUCCUAGGAGGCAUUGCCACUUUAAGAGCGAGGAGAGAUUGACAAGCUCGAAGAGCCGCGGAGAAGAGAGGCUGAGCCGGAGCUGCCGGGAGCCAAGGACUCCCCGGGGCGCAGGAGAACUGCCUGACAACCACAGCUGUCCUCAUCAUGCCAGUUGCUGCUACCAACUCUGAGUCUGCCAUGCAGCAAGUCCUAGACAACCUGGGGACCUUUCCCAAUGCCACGGGCGCUGCUGAGUUAGACCUGAUCUUCCUUCGAGGCAUCAUGGAAAGUCCAAUAGUAAGAUCCUUGGCAAAGGCCCACGAACGCCUGGAAGAGACCAAACUGGAGGCUGUUCGGGACAAUAACCUGGAGCUGGUUCAGGAGAUUCUUCGGGACCUGGCCGAGCUGGCCGAGCAGAGCAGCACGGCUGCUGAACUGGCCCAUAUUCUCCAGGAGCCACACUUCCAGUCCCUCCUGGAGACGCAUGACUCCGUGGCAUCAAAAAGCUAUGAGACACCACCUCCCAGCCCUGGCCUAGACCCCAUGUUCAACAACCAGCCUGUCCCUCCAGAUGCUGUACGAAUGGUGGGCAUCCGAAAGACUGCAGGAGAGCACCUGGGCGUGACGUUCCGAGUGGAGGGUGGAGAGCUGGUGAUUGCCCGUAUCCUGCACGGGGGCAUGGUGGCCCAGCAGGGCCUGUUGCACGUGGGCGAUGUCAUCAAGGAGGUGAACGGGCAGCCUGUGGGCAGUGACCCCCGGGGGCUGCAGGAGUUACUUCGAAGUGCCAGUGGGAGUGUCAUCCUCAAGAUCCUGCCCAGUUACCAGGAGCCCCACCUGCCUCGACAGGUGUUUGUCAAAUGCCACUUUGACUAUGAGCCAGCCCGGGACAGCCUGAUCCCCUGCAAGGAGGCCGGCUUACGUUUUUGUGCUGGGGACCUGCUCCAGAUUGUUAACCAGGAUGAUGCUAACUGGUGGCAAGCAUGCCAUGUAGAGGGGGGCAGUGCUGGGCUUAUCCCUAGCCAGCUGCUGGAAGAGAAGCGGAAGGCCUUUGUCAAGAGAGACCUGGAGAUGACACCAACCUCAGGGGCCCUAUGUGGCAGCAUCUCAGGCAAGAAGAAGAAGAGAAUGAUGUAUCUCACUACCAAGAAUGCAGAGUUCGAUCGGCAUGAACUUCUGAUCUAUGAGGAAGUGGCCCGGAUGCCCCCCUUCCGCCGGAAAACCCUGGUGCUGAUUGGGGCACAGGGUGUGGGGCGACGUAGCCUGAAGAACAAGCUUAUUAUGUGGGACCAAGACCGCUAUGGCACCACUGUGCCCUACACAUCUCGUCGGCCUAAGGACACUGAGCGGGAAGGCCAGGGCUAUAGCUUUGUGACGCGGGCAGAGAUGGAGGCUGACAUCCGUGCUGGCCGCUACCUGGAGCAUGGGGAAUAUGAAGGGAACCUGUAUGGCACGCGAAUCGAUUCCAUCCGAAAUGUGCUCAGUGCUGGCAAGGUGUGCGUGUUGGAUGUCAAUCCGCAGGCAGUGAAGGUGCUAAGAACUGCUGAGUUUGUCCCAUACGUGGUUUUCAUUGAGGCCCCUGACUUUGAGACCCUGCGUGCCAUGAACCGGGCUGCCCUGGAGAGUGGGGUGGCUACCAAGCAACUCACGGAGGCAGACUUGAAGCGGACAGUUGAAGAGAGCAGCCGGAUCCAGAGAGGGUACGGCCACUACUUUGACCUCACUCUGGUCAAUGACAACCUCGAGAGAACCUUCCGAGAGCUUCAGACGGCGAUGGAGAAGCUGCGGACAGAACCCCAGUGGGUGCCUGUCAGCUGGGUAUACUAACCCUGCCACCCACCUCUGACACAGGGAUCCACAUCCCCAUUCCAUAAUCCUUAGUCACUCAGACCUCAUCCUCUGCCAGGAGGUGUCCUUGGGCAUCUUCUGCAGAGGUUCCCAUGUCCCUUAGCCCAGCUCCCUCAGGAAGCUGUGUCCACUCCUUGGGAUAAAAUGCCAGGUGGGCAAGGAAAGCUAGCAUCAGCUCUGCAGAAAACACUGUCAGGGUGAGGUAUGCUCAUGGGGCACCUCAGUGCCCAGGUGCUGCCCACUUUUCCCAUGCCUGUUAGCUAUCAGCUUAGCUGGUGCCCUCUCCACACCUCUCUAUGGGACCAAACUGUGUUUAGGAGGGUGGGGGAAGGGGAGAAGCCCCCUGAGGUGCCCAUCAGUCCAUAAAUGAGAAAAGCUGACACUUGGGUGAGCACCAAGGUCCCCUGCCGCCACUUUAUUUAGUCACCUUUUCUCCUCAGGGUUAGCAUAGAUCUACCCCACCCCAGUGCCCUUCCUACUGACUUAGUCACUUGAUCCUGGGAUCCAGGGAUGGGAGAGUUAUUAUGUCACCAUUUAAAUGAGCUGGCCAUUUGGUCCAGACCCAUCUAGGAGCUAGUUCUGCCUGGUGCUACCCCCAAAGCCUGGGGAAGAUUGAAGCACACGAAGGGCCCAUGGUGGGAAAUGGGCACCAUCCUCCUUCUGGACAUUCCUGGAGAACAGAAUGGAAUCUGUAUUGGGAAAGAUUCCCAGGGCUUAACCUUUCUCCCCAUCUCCCCUGCCCUCUCCCAAGUACACAGCAACUCACUGCCGAAGACUCCCCUACUAUAUCUUCCAGACCCCUCAACACUGUUCUUCCCCAGCCUCACCUGGGAGGUAUUGGGAUGGGCAGGAAGACCUUGGCCUUGAGAAAGGAAGCUAGACCUCCUAUAUCGUUUCUGUCGAAGAUCUCUAUGAACUUGGAAAACUGAGAGGGGCUAGUCAGCCUCAUAAUCUAGGCCCAGUAUUCCUUGUGGUCUCACCAAGGGCUUAACCCCUCCAGGCAAUCUGGGACCUGCUUUUUUCCAGCUGACAGGGCCUGGCUCUGGGAGUCCUACUAGGAGGGUGGAGAUAGGAGGCCUGAGUGACCUGGAGAGAGUGGGAUGGAGAAGGCUAAGUGGGAAUGAAGCAAGAAGAAUGGAGCUUCUUCCAUCCAUAUCACACUGAUCAUUGUAUGUGAGACCUAUGUGUGGGCCUCUCUUUCAGGGAGGAAUGGGUUAUUCGGCUCCAGAGGAGAAAUUUUGGAGUCUGUAAUAGGAUUGGAGUGGGUGGUCCCUACUUCUCCUUUAUAUUGUGAAGGUCCUUCUCCUUAAACUAGGGAGAAAUCCCACAUUCCAGAGUCUUAGAAAUUGUCAGAUUUUUAUCUCCCAACCCCUAUUUCUGUGCCCCAUCCUCCAAAUAUGUGAGGGCUCACCAUGACCCCUUAAUUUAGGAGUUUGGAGUAGUACAGAGGUCAACUUUGUAAAAUAGAAUUCCCCUUUAAGAAGAGAAUGCUGUCUUAGAAUUCCCAGGGUCAUUUCAUCUAUUUCCCUGCUUUCCCAUAGGAUAGCCCUCUCAUCCCACAGGAAUCAAUAGGAAACCUUGCAAGGAAGGAAAAACAAACAAAACACAACAAAACUAGCCUCUCCCUGGUGUCUGUGUUCGAGGCUUCAGUUCUUAUCCCAAUCUACAUCCUUACCCUAACUUGAGGACCUACCUAGUCCUUCUGUGUGUUUAACCUCAUCUUUCUUGCUGCAAUGUCAGCUCAAGCUGGCUCCUGCACCACUGUGCCCCACCCUACCCCACUGUAUUGGGGAGGGAGGGAUGUCCCUUUCCAGGAGGCCCAGGAAACUAGUGUUCCCUAAUUCCUUCUGAGUGCCCCUUCUUGCUUAGGACCCUGGGAGGGCCAGUGGUUCAUUAGCAUAUUCCUGAGAGGGGGAGGAGAAAUAUAUAAGAGAAUUAAGUAAAAAGAGAAUAAACAGACUUAUUUAUUACAAAUGGUAGAAAUAAAUUCAUUAAUAUGUAAAUAUUGCAUGCAUAACAUAGGCAGAUGAAAUGUAGAGGGCCCCCCAGCAGCUCUCCUAGCUGUUUUCUUCUCUGCAUCUCAUUUGUAAAGAUCUGCAUACACUAUGUGUACAUUUUUUUCCUUUGUGGGAUUUUUUUUUUGCCCUCUAAUUUUCUCCCAUCAUCCCCAGCUGUCUUCUGGUCUAGCCUGCAGAGCCAGUGGGAAGGGGAAAAAGAGAUUCCCUAUAGCCUGUUGAACUAGUCCUAAUUGUGGGAGAUAAUUUACUCCUCCCCCACCCCCAGGAGGGGUCCAAACAGCCUUUAGCAGAAAUUCCCAGCUGAGGACUUCAAGGUCCCUUUCAGCCCUGGUUUCUGUGAUCUUAUUACAACACUUGCCCUUUCCCCCAGAGCAAUCUACAUGGGAGGGACAGUCAAGAUGCUUCUCUAAGGAUGAGAGGGGAGACAGAGAAGUAAAAUUGGCCAGGGCCCAGGGAAUCUAGCAGAGUGCCCCAACCCUACUGAGCCUAGACCCUUUCCAGCCUGGGGACCCAUUCUCAGAGAUGCCGCAGGAGUGACCUGUACAAGUCCCAGAAUCUACCGCCAGCCCUCUACUUCCCUGAGGGGCCUGGUGGGAGGGAAAGAGCUGGGACAUGGGACAAUCUAGAAGUUGGGGGCUCUUCAGUUUUUAUUUCUGCCUUGAUGCUGACAGGGGUAUUACCUGCCAUUCUGUUUAGGGAAAUUCAAGACUAGUCCAGUGGGCAAGUUGAUAAAAGAGAAUUCCCCUUUAAAAAGAGAAUGCUGUCCUUGACAAGGCAGACCCUCUCCCUGGGGAGAGCCUGGAAAUUGGUCAGGCCAUCUCUAUAGGAAAGUGAGGCCUCUUUAGUCUCUGUAUAAUGGAGCAUUAUAUAAGUGGGAGCUUGGGUGAGUAUGAGGGAUGGCACUCCUUGAGCCCCCAAAUGCCUUUAACCUCGCAGUCACACACAAAGAUAUACACAAUACACACAGUCACCACCCUACACCCCUCUGGAGACACACCAAUAAUCUUUAGACUCUAGUAUAAUGGAAAAUAGACUAGUUUGAGAAUAGUUUGAGUUGUUUCAAGUGCUGCAUGGAACUGAAGGGUGUACCUCUUAUAGGGACCAUUAGU